AUGAACGAAAACCCUCGUCCGCAGUCUUUGCCGCCGUCGACACAUGCAGCCUCAGCCUCGUCCUCCGCGGCGCCUGCGCCCGGCGAGAGCAGCGUGCAACGCCCAAUUUAUCCCGAUCUGCUAGGCGGCCCCCCGGUUCCGCCUCCUAGAACGUCGUCUCAUCGCAGCCACCGCAGUUCUCCGCCCUCAGACAGAGGUUCGGGAUCCCGGCAUUCAAAGCAUCGCUCCGACUCUGGGCGGCAUCAUGCUACCGCCGCUUCUUCGUCGGAUCCGUCGAAGAGAGCCAGUUGGACACCAGGGUCUCCCGUCUCUCCAGUGACCCCGACCAACGCGUCCAUCAUGGAGACUAUUCCUUCCCAGGGGACUCUAGUCAAGGAGUCGAGUACCGUGAUCAAUCAAGUCCUCGUCAGUGAUCCGUCAGUGGAUAUUGAGCGGGAGCAGGUGCGACAAUCGGGCAAAUCCGAGGAAUCGUCGCCCAGCAAGGGUGCCCCGUCCGGUGGCGGCCUGGGUUUGGUCGGGAGUGAAGGUGUAGACGAUGGUGGCCGUGGUGGGCUGCGCAGUCGACAUGACUACAACAGCAACUCGACCAAGCGGAAAGAAAUCACCUUUGGCCAGUAUGUUCUCGGGCAGACGCUGGGUGAAGGUGAAUUCGGCAAGGUCAAGCUGGGCUGGAAGAGAGACGGCACCAUCCAGGUGGCCAUCAAGCUUAUUCGAAGAGAGGUGCUCGGCUCGAAUCCUACCAGACUUCCUAAGAUCUACCGGGAGAUUUCAAUUCUCCGCGACCUCUCACAUCCAAACAUCGUCCGCCUUCAUGAAAUGGUGGAAACCGACCGUCAUAUUGGAAUAAUCAUGGAGUACGCAUCCGGAGGAGAACUGUUUGAUCACAUCCUGAACAACCGGUAUCUGAAGGACAAUUCCGCGCGCCGUUUGUUUGCGCAACUCGUCUCCGGUGUUGGUUAUUUGCACAAGAAAGGUAUCGUGCAUCGUGACCUGAAACUCGAGAACCUGCUGCUCGACCGCAAUCGCAAUAUCAUCAUUACAGACUUUGGGUUCGCUAACACGUUCGACGCGGUGGAUGAACUCAGUGAGGAGAUCGAGUACAAUCUGACAAACAAGAAUUUUGUGAAGAGGAUGCAACUGGACAAGACCAAUGCCAAGGGAAUGCGGAGAGGCGAUCUCAUGCAGACGAGCUGCGGAAGUCCCUGCUAUGCUGCUCCAGAACUCGUCGUGAGCGAUUCUUUAUACACGGGGCGCAAGGUUGACGUCUGGAGCUGUGGUGUUAUUCUGUACGCGAUGCUUGCAGGAUAUCUCCCCUUUGACGACGACCCGGCAAAUCCGGAUGGUGACAACAUCAAUCUAUUGUAUAAAUACAUCGUCACAACUCCCUUGACGUUCCCCGAAUAUGUGACCCCACAUGCGCGCGACUUGUUGCGGCGGAUAUUGGUACCUGAUCCACGGAAACGAGCAGACCUGUUCGAAGUCGCCCGUCACAGCUGGCUCAGCGAAUUUUCCCACAUCGUAUCGCACAUCACCAGCAGUACCACCCAGGUCGCCGAGAUUGCCAACACUACCAUUCCGCAAGAAGAACAAAAAGAACCAUCGCUGGCGCGCAGCGCGUCGGUCAGAGAACCUCCGAAAUCUUAUCACAGUCCCGUUUCUACCGUGGGCGGACUCACCCACCACUCUGGGGACAUCUCGCACGACCAGCAGUCCGACAAGUCCAAGACCUCGCGGGAUGCCAAGCGGAGAACGGUCCAGGUCGAAUACGUUGCCCCUCAGUCUCAGACCGCCCGAGGGGAGACUCCUACUGCACGAAAUUCCAUCGCUUCGAACAUGACCCCAACAGAGGCUACUCACACUGCGGCUGGAGCCGCGGCGCCCCAAGAGGAGGUGCCCGCAGGGCAGAGCGCCGGGGCUGGCGAAUCGAACGUAUCGGAAGCUGGGGGCAGCACAGCGGUUACGGGGCCACCCCAGCCUCCAAUGCCACAAUACGCGCGGCCGACUACCGGUGGUUCGAUGACCUCGUUCAACGCUGGCCGCCUGCCGUCGCGAGGUUCUUAUGGUCAACCUGUGGCUCCUACGGUUGCGGCAACCAAUGCCCAGGGUCGUCUCGCACAACCUACAAACAAGCAAUAUGUGAUCUCCGCACCUAUCCCUCAAGAUCCAACGCACGCCGCUACUAUGUCCAUCGGGCGGCCCAGCGCUCAGGAAUAUCCAUCCAGAUUCAAUACCACCCCUCGCCAAGAGACACCAAAGGGCCACAAACGGUCGAACACGAUUUCGGGGAUUGGAGAAAGACUUUUCGGUCGAUCUGGGUCUAUUUUCGGUGGCCGCGGUACACAGCCGGGUGGUGCUCGCCAAAGGAAUAGCAGGCGCUACCCGCCUACCAGCAUGAAAGAACCAUUCCCAGGAGAUAACAACACGAGAGUCUCGGUGGAUUCUCGACGCUCAGGCACUCUUGGGUCGAACCGCAAGUAUGGCGAGUCGAGUGGAGAGAGCAGGUCUCGUCGAUUCUCGCUUUUACCUGCGUCUUUCUCACUGAAAGGCUUUGGUUCGUCGAGCAGAUCGCAAACCCCAGAUAAUGAUUCACAAGGCAGUCGCAUAAAUGUCAAUCGCGUCCAGCAACAAACGUCAAUUGGUGCUCAAGGAUUUCGCUCUCGCGCGGCCAGUUCUGGGACCCAGGAUGCGAUCAAUUCGAUUACAGAGGGACCGUCGGAUGAGGUCUUCACCAAUGAUCCACCAGUCAACUACCAGGCUCGCAUCGACCAGCAGUUUGCGGCCUUGCAUGGGACACAAUCUGUCGGUUAUCAGCCAACGUCCUACAGCGGCGCGUCGGCCGAGCAAAUGUAUCCUGAUCAGCAAUACGCGCAGCAUGCGCAUGCUAAUAAUUCGGCGCCCAGUUACUUGGAUGGCCAUAAUGAAAAUGCUCACCAACAGUCGAUGCAAGGCAACCGACGAGGAACUGGUAUCCUCCAGAAAAACCGCAAGUUUGCCGAUGCCUACGAGUACGAGCAUCAUCCUGGCAGCUCAGGGGCAGCGAGGAAAGUCAUGGACUUUUUCCGUCGGCGAGCUAAGUCCCGAGUUGGCGAUGAUCGGUAG